ACAUUACAUUAAAUGAUUGUAAGAUUAAACUAAACUAUUUAUACUUUUGUUUUUAGGAUUGUUUUGAUUUAUAACAGUUAAUUAUAUCUGGAAUUGUGCGAGUAGAUAGCGAUAUAGAACGAUUGACAAAAUCAAUCACUCAGCUUGAUAUACACGCAGUGCGCAAUGUACCAAGUAACGGUCCAGUCAUGUAUUUUGUCACGAUUUCUCAAUUCAUCAAAUUCGUUACACGUCGCUGUGCUAAGAGUAACGAUUAAACGGAUGCAUGUACGGUUAGCUAAAUUGUCUUGUUGAAGGCCGGCGGCGCGUAAAGACGAUCUUGCGUCGUCUUCAUCACGUUAACGUUUAGCGUAGACGAAAAUUCUCUUCACCGACGCUCUCGAAUAAAGUAGAAACUGGCAUAGAACGAACUUUUCAGGGGCGACAACAAAUGAUUCAUCGGUUUAACAAACGGCUCCGAUAAGCCGUCCGAGCAGCCAAACAACAAUUGUAUUAUCGCGUAGAUAUGCGGAUUUAAGAUGCAGGGUCGAGAACGAUCGAUUGUGUGGCAUGUACUAUAAAAUGCAAAUUAUCUAUAACAAAGUGACAGUGAGUAAUAGCCGUUUCAUGGGUAUUGAAUUAUUGUCGUGGACUAUUCAUCAGUAAGAUUAAACAUCACGUCUUCUCAUGGGAGUGGUUCUAUGAUCAAAAAAUUCUUGACAAACGGAUAUAUUCGUCGCGAGGAUGAUUUGAGAUUAAUGCCUAAACAACGGCGGGCAUCUAACCGCUGCACGCUCCAAUAUCGUUUUGUUCGCAUCGCCGGCUGUCUCGUUCAGUCCGGUGUCCACUUCUUCAGCGAUCUACCCGAUGGGAAUACGGAACAACCAGUCGUAAUACCAGUGAUAUCAUCCGAUCGUGAAAUAACAGUGAUACUUCGUAUAUAGGCGGUAUCAUCCGUAGAGAGUAGAAACGUUACUCAUUACGUGACUUCGCACAUAGGGUCAUGGCUGUGAAAGAGUGGUUUAGGAGGUUACAGCCCGUACAACUGUACCUGGUGCUGUUCUUUACCAUGGUUUUCUUCUUAGUUGAGAUCAUCGCCAGUCAUGUAACGCAUUCACUGACCCUGCUCCUUAACGCGUAUCACAUGCUCUGCAACAUCGUGGCACUUGUCGGUUGCAUUGCAUCGAUCAAGUACAGCUAUCGGGAAAAAUACAACAAUAACAGCAACUGUAGUUCACUAGGAAAUUCAUCGAUUUGCAUCAACAGGGAAGAACAGGGUUCUGUCACGUCUUUAUCAACAAAGACAAAGGAAUCAUGGUCAGACAGGAGAAUGAAGAACACGUUUGGGUGGGCCAGAAUCGACGUUGUCACAAUGCUCGUUUGCUGUGUCUUUCUUGCCUCUUUUUGCUUCUCUCUAUUAAUGGAAGCGUUGCAGACACUGGUACAUAUCGAUCACCUGGAUGAAAUGCACCAUCCAUUACCGGUGCUAUGCAUCGGUGCUUCCGGAAUACUUUUGAAUGUUCUCUGUUACAUUUUAAUUGGAGGCUUCACAUUCAACCAAGGAAUCUUCUUGCACGUUACUAAAAGCGGGGAUGUAAUUCUAUGCAGAAAUAUGAGUGCGCAAGAAACAAAGGAUGGUGAACAACAAUUGUCAGCACACACUAGACGAAGUCCACUAGCAAUACCAAAAAGCCAAGGUUUUAGAGAAGUGUGUCGAGAUGUUCUUGGAUGUGUUUUUGUCAUACUAGUGUCGAUUUUAGUUUAUUUUACUGACUCUGAUGUAGCUAAAUACAUAGAUCCAGUUUUCGCUAUUAUUUCAUCAAUUUCGCUAUUUGUUCUUUGCUAUCCAUACAUGAAAGAAUCAGGCCUAAUUCUGCUUCAAACAAUUCCGAAUCAUAUAAAUAUCGAUUCUCUUAAGAGAAUUGUUGGAAGCUUUCCGGGCAUCGUAAACGUUCAUGAUCUACACGUAUGGCAAUUAGCAGGAGAGAAAAUCAUUUCUACAGCGCACAUUAUUUUCCUCGAUCCAAGUGUUUACGCCAGUAUUACGGAUCAAGUCACUGCUUUUUUUAUUGAAAUGGGCAUAACGCAGGUUACUAUACAACCAGAAUUUCACAAGAUGAAGCCAAAUAUGGAGAAAACUGAUUGCUUAAUUCGUUGUCAUGGAGAACAUUGUAGUUCCUCCCAAUGUUGUUCACGGGAAAAUUUCUUGGAGGAUACGUGCAAGUCAACGAAAGACGCGUAUACAAUUAGCAAGAAGUAUGACAAAAAGGAAAUAAUACCAGCCGCGUGUGCGAUUAGUCUAGAGAAGUUUACUGUAUACGAAGAGGGAACUGUAGAGCGGACUGCAAAAAACGACACUAAAAUAGAAAAAUCUGCACGCAAUCAGAUAAAUGUAACUACUCGUAUAAAUAACGAACAAAUACACAGCAGCAUGAGUAGUGAUACAGAUGUUAGUUCUUGUGCGACAAACACAGUCGAUCGAAUAGUUGCAAGCGUCGUUAAUGAUUAGAUGUCUGUCGAUAGCAACUUGGACCGCACUAUCAAAUCUUAAGUUUCUAUUUGUUACUUAGGUAGCUAAUAAUUUAACUUACUUAGGCAUUAUUUUUUUUAAAUAUAUGGUGCGAUACUCAAUACGAUGAAUGUCACGAUUUUUUUUUCUUUGUUUGAAAUGUAUAAAAAAAUAAUUUUACAAUUUUUUAUUACAAACUACGCAAUGAUCAAUUAUUUCAAAUUAUUUUAUUGCUGUGUAUGUAAGAACAUUUUUAACACAAAGACUGUAAAAUAGUAUUAAGUGCUUUAAUUUAUACAACACAGUAUAUUGUAUAUCACUAAUCUGAUAAAUUGUGUUUGCUUGAAAAGAAAAAUCGAAAAAAACAUUUAUCGAAGAGACGUGGAUCGCGACGCUUUGUAUUCUGUCUCGCUUUCUUUGGAGUAUCAAAAGUUGGCACACCAAUUAAUUCGAAUAAUUAAAAAAAAAUCCAUAUCA